UGAGCUCGCACGCGGCGCGCCCACACAUACAACCAUACCCAUCGCAGUGAACAUGAAGCUUUUGGUAGCAACACUGUUGCUGGUGGCAGCAUGCCACGCAGAAGUAGCCAGGAGUAAGCAGAAGGAAGACAGCAGGAUGGAGAGGAGGGCAGAAGAUGGGGUUGUUCAGAAGAGGGCCCCUGCCAUUUUGCCCACAGUAACACCGUCCACCCCGGGAAUCGAAUACGCUGACUCCAAAGACUCACAGACUGAGAAAACUCCUGUCCGGCAAAUCUACGCCCAGCCAGAGUCCCAAGUGGCCAAGAUAUCUGAUGUGCUGACGGGCCAGGGUCCUCCAUUCCCUGCCGCUAUCGCCAGUCAUCUCUUCUCACCAAUUCCUGUCUACCAGCCUCGUCUAUCAUCACCCACAACAUACGAGAUUUCCGCCCCAAUCCCAUCCCAACUGGCGUACUCCGAGCACAAGAUUACCUACCAGCCCCAACAGAAUGCUAUCCAGUUGCAGGAGUACAACCCAAAGCUGCUCAACCCCAAGCAGGCCAUCGCUCGGCUGACAGUCAACUACCAGCCGUAUCAGCAGUUGCCGCAGCCGCUUGUGUAUCAGCCUCAGCCUAUUCAGCAGUUCCCUGUCUAUCAGCAAGCCUUUAAUCAACCGAUUCAAUAUCAGGGCCCAGCUCCUCAAUACCAGAACCAAGGAUACCAGCCGCCUCUCAUCCAACUGGUGCAAGCCCAGCCUGGAAUUAAUUACGCCGAUGAAGGUAUAAGUGAAGAACAACAUCAAAGACCAGCCCAGAGAGAGCUGAAGACCGGACAACCUGAAGCUGUGAAGGCAGCGGAGGAGAGGGCUAAAUCACAACCACUACAACAGCAGAAUUACAACGUACCGCCUCAAGGAGCCUACAGCUACGCCAGUUUCUCUGUAGGAGCCCCUACAGCAAGCUACGUUCAGCCUCAACAACUUCAAUAUCAACCGCAACAACAACACGAACAGCAGCUACAACAGCAACAAUAUCAGCAGCAGCAGCUGUCUCAGCAACAGAAGCAAUCUCAGCAACAGGAGCAACCUCAACAACAGAUUCAAAAUCAACCUCAACCUCAACAACAGAUUCAAUAUCAACCUCAACCUCAACAAUAUCAGCAGCAGCAACAAUCUCAACAGCAGCAGCAAUACCAACCUCAACCUCUACUCCACGUAAUACAGUACCAACCUCAACCCCAAUACCAACUCCAACAACUUCCCGCUCGGCAAAUCAAAUCUGAAUCUCAAAACCUCAUCCCUAUCCCAACCAAACAGCGUCAGAUCUUCAUCCGCCAAGGACCUGUAGUGGUCCCAUAUCAGGCUCAGGUCUACCAGGCACCAACUCCAGCCUACCAGGCCGCCGCUCCCCAUUUCCCUCCAGUCCAGUAUUUUGGUAAAUUUGCCCAUUCCAUUUUCGGGCAGUGAAGUGUAGGAAAAUUUUCUUAAUGUGAAGUAUAUGUGUACGUUAGGUAAGUUCUUUUAAGUAUUGGUAAGAAAAUUGGGGUGCUGAAAGUAUUUUUUCUCUGUGAUGCCAUAUUCUUAUACAAAGUGUACUUUAAUAAAUAAAUGUAUUAUGUUUUAAAA